AUGGCGUUCCGGCAGGCGCUGCAGCUGGCGGCCUGCGGCCUGGCGGGGGGCUCGGCGGCGGUGCUCUUCUCGGCCGUGGCGGUGGGCAAGCCCCGCGGGGGCGGCGACGCGGAGCCGCGCGGCAUCGAGCUGUCGGCGGGGCCGGGGCCGGGGCGCCCGAGGCCCGGCGUCUGGGACCCCAACUGGGACAGGCGAGAACCACUGUCUCUGGUCAACCUGCGGAAGAGGAGUUUGGAGUCUGGAGAGGAGGAGUUGCCUUCCAGGCUGGACCACUACAAAGCCAAGGCUACCCGGCACAUCUUCCUCAUCAGGCACUCCCAGUACCACGUGGAGGCCUCCCAGGAAAAGGACCGCACCCUGACGCCCCUGGGGCGGGAACAAGCUGAACUCACUGGUCUCCGGCUUGCAAGUUUGGGGUUGAAAUUUAAUAAAAUUGUCCAUUCCUCUAUGACCCGAGCGAUAGAAACCACUGACAUCAUCAGCAAGCACCUUCCAGGCGUCAGCAGAGUCAGCACAGACUUGCUGAGGGAAGGCGCCCCCAUUGAACCUGACCCACCUGUGUCUCACUGGAAGCCAGAGGCCGUGCAGUAUUACGAAGAUGGAGCCCGGAUCGAGGCUGCCUUCCGUAACUACAUCCACCGGGCAGAUGCCAAGCAGCAAGAGGACAGUUUUGAGAUCUUCAUCUGCCAUGCCAAUGUCAUCCGCUACAUCGUGUGUCGGGCUCUGCAGUUCCCACCAGAAGGCUGGCUCCGUCUUUCCCUCAACAACGGCAGCAUCACCCACUUGGUAGUUCGGCCUGAUGGCCGAGUUGCGCUUAGGACCCUUGGGGACACAGGCUUCAUGCCUCCUGACAAGAUCUCACGAUCCUGAGGCCUGCCCGAGGCCUGCACUCCGCUCUCGCCCUCCACUCAGCUCUCCUGUGGUGUCUUCCUUCGCAGGUCAACUCUGGUUACAUUUCCUUUCUCCAGGACAAAAAAGAACUCCUUAAGUGUGAUGUGAUAGCACUGGAGGCCCAGGAUGAAAAAGGGAAUCAGUCAGACCAUCUUCUCGUACCUUCUUGUGUCCCAGGGCUAGCCUGUGGGAUUUACGGAGACCUGUGUUGGGGAUUGGACAGAUACCUUCACUGCAUGGACCUUGCACUGAACGUCUUAGCUCAUGGUCACAACCAGCCAUUAACCCCCAGACUUGUUGGCUGAGCCCAUCAGCAUCAGAGCCGUGGAGCGGUGUAUUUGAGCUUCCAUUUGGAAAAGCUUCCGUAUUUCCUUUACACCCUUUUGUUUAAACUUAAGUACUUGUCAGAUGUGUUCUUUAAUUGGCUUCUUGCUUUGAAAACCAGUCUCACACUCCAAAAUUAUGGAGCACGUCAGUUAGACCUGAACUAAACUUUCUGGGUCUUUCCAGCACACGAGCACCUGGACAGGUGAGAGGGGGAAAGAUAAUAACCCGAGGCGGCCUGUUUUAAUAAAAUAUCCGGCAGUUCAGUUUUAAUUUGCUCCUUCAAAACCAUAAAUUUAUGGAUUAUGAUAUUUGAUGUAUCCAUCCCACGUGUUAAUUAUGGAAAAUCGUGAAGUAAUUUCUGUGAAGUGGUUAUAAACUUUUUCUGCAAUCAGUGCAACUAGUUGGAAUAUUUGAUCCAUUUCUCUUGUCAACUUUGGGAAUAACUAUAAAAUAAAAAUUUAUUUUACUGUUUUUUUAAAA